AUGGGAAAUGGUCUAAAGCCUUGUACACAACAACAUCCUUCAUUUCUUUACGAGCCUCUCAUCAACCCUCACAUUUUGGAAGCAGCGGCGUUGCCAUGGGGAACACGAGUUAAGAUAGCCAUUGGAACAGCUCAAGCUCUUGCAUUUCUCCACUCGAUCAAGAGCGGCCCGCUACAUCGAGACCUCAGAAUGCAUAACAUUAUGCUUGACGAGCAAUACAACGCAAAAUUGUUUUACCUUGAAUCAAACCAACAAUUGGUAGAAGAUAAGAUAUAUCGGGGAGAAGCUAUAUACCUACCUCCUGAAUAUCUAGAGACAGGUCAGUUGGCAAUGAACGAUGUUUACACAUUUGGUGUGAUCUUGCUUGAGCUUUUAACUGGUUCGAAAGAUAUAGCAAAGUGUGUCAACAGGCAAACCCUAGAUGAUUGGACUAGACCUUUCUUCAUUGGGGAAAUCAUCGAUCCCCGACUUGGGAACGAUUAUCCUGUGAAUGCGGCGAUACAGUUGUGCACACUCAUCCGAAGUUGCACCACGUAUGACAAGAAGAGACGACCGGUGAUGCAACAGGUUUUGGAUGUUCUCAUUCAUAUUUCACAGAUCAAGUAUUAG